AUGAUUUUGCAGAGGGACUUCUACAAGGCAGAAGCUGAGAAUGUUGAUAAUCCACAGCUGUCCAGAGAGGAGUCCGACCAGCUUGUUGCUGCAGUCGUGCGCUUCAUGCUCUUCCGCCAGCACCAGAAGUCAGACCAGCUUGUCCGCCGUGAUGAGCUGGGCAAGCUAAUCCAGAACACACACAGGGAUGGGGGCAGGCGCUCCGGUAACGUCAGCGCUUACGUUAUUGCCCAGGCACAGGCACAGUUCCCUGUGAUCUUUGGCCUGGAGAUGAAGAUGGUCGAGAUUCUGCCUGCCAGCAGAGCCGGAGGCAAGGCCAAAGGGGAAGCAACCCCUUCCAAGGCAUACGUGCUGCGCAGCUUGCUGCCUGAGGCAAUGCGCACUACAUUUGUCACGUCAGCCUCUGCUGAUGCAACGCCAGCAUUUGUGCUUCUGGUGCUGUCCCUCAUCAACCUUGCCGGAGGCGCCAUUUCAGAAGAUGACUUGUGGCGGCAUCUUGAGAAUGUGGGAGUUGAGGCCAAGGUCCCGCACCCAUCCCUGGGACAGCCAGAACACCAAUUGGAGUUGAUGUUGAAGAAGAGGUACAUUCUGGAGCAAAAGCAACCCAGCAAUGAGGGCCCGCUGAAGUCCUAUGUGCUUGGGGAAAAUUCAAUCGAUGAGAUCCAAGCCAAUGAGAUAAAGGAGUUUGUAGAUGAGAGACUUGAAGCCAUGGAGGCUGACGCAGACUAG